GUGAAGAACUCUGAACUCAAAACGACCCAGAAAUGAGUGGCUGCUACUGCUAGAUGCUAAAUGAUGCGGCUAACUUACAGGCCAUAGCACAAAUAGAAACAAAAUACACUAUUGGAUCAAUAGAAACAAAAUCCACUAUAACCAUUAUCCAGUCAUCCAUGAAAAUUUGAGAUCAAAUUAUGCUCAUAGGAAUUUGACUGAAUCAGAUGAGAUUCUUCAAAAGUUUUUAGUUUUGAAGACAUGAGUAGUGUUUUCACUGCUGCUACGGCAGUUGGGAUCAACCGUAACAAUAAUCUGAUAUGGAGAUCAAAGCCGGCUGCCUUUGGUUCCCAAUCCGACGGAAUAAUUCGUUUCACGACACCCAAAAGGAGUGAUUUUUUCGUUUCCAGGGCAAGUGUCUCUUCUUCUACUCCAGACGCCGCCGGCGGGAACAAGAAGAGGAGGAGGAGGAAGAAGAUUGGAAUCGACAAUGACGAAGGCGAGGAGGUGGUAAAAAAUGGUAAUGAAGCUGUCAUUGCUAAUAGCGAGGAGAAGGAUCAAUCGUCAUCUUCUCCAGUUUCCGUCAUAAAGAGGCUAGACGACGUGAACCCAGUUGGGUUAGGGCGACGUUCCCGUCAAAUUUUCGAUGAGGUGUGGCGGAAAUUCUCAGGGUUAGGUCAGAUAUCCUCCUCGAGCCUCGAUGACGGCGAGGUUGGUCCGAUGUGCGAAUUCCCUACCCCAGGGGCUCAGAACACCACCAUCCUCGUCGUCGGAGCCACCAGCCGUGUAGGAAGGAUCGUCAUACGGAAGCUCAUGCUCAGGGGUUACACAGUCAAGGCUCUGGUGAGGAGAGCCGAUGAAGAAGUGAUGGCAAUGCUUCCCACAUCUGUAAAGGUUGUGAUUGGAGAUGUGGGCGAUCCUUCAACUCUCAUCAGUGCCGUUCGAGGCUGCAACAAGAUCAUAUAUUGUGCAACAGCUCGUUCCACCAUUACAGCAGAUCUCAAUAGGGUGGAUUAUCAGGGGGUUUAUAACCUUACCAAAGCUCUCCAGGACUAUAAUAACAAGCUGGCACAGAUGAGGGCUGGAAAAAGUAGCAAAAGCAAGCUUUUAAUAGCAAAGUUCAAGUCUGAAGAUUUAUUGAAUGAGUGGGAAGUCCGUCAGGGGACAUACUUCCAAGAUGGAAUUGCUAUGAAGUAUGAUGGAGGCAUGGAUGCAAAUUUUGAGUUUACUGAAACUGGGGAUGCUGUUUUUUCAGGAUAUGUUUUUACACGAGGAGGGUAUGUUGAAUUGUCAAAAAAGCUUUCACUUCCUUUGGGAUACACGCUUGACAGGUAUGAGGGCCUAGUAUUAUCUGUUGGUGGGAAUGGGCGGUCGUACAUAUUAAUUCUUGAAGCUGGUCCUUCAGCAGAUAAAACUGAAAGCAAAAUGUAUUUCGCAAGAAUCAGCACAAAAGCUGGAUUUUGCAGGGUGAGAGUGCCAUUUUCUUCAUUCCGUCCUAUGAAACCUUUGGAUCCACCUUUGGAUCCAUUCCUUGUGCACACAUUGAAUAUACGUUUUGAGCCAAGAAGACAGAGACCAAUUGAAGGAUCUAAGGGGGUGAAGGAAGACUUGAGAAGCUUUAAACUAGUUUUGGAAUACAUUAAAGCUUUGCCUACAGGACAAGAAACAGACUUCAUCUUAGUUUCAUGUACAGGGUUGGGAAUAGAGUCUUCUCGAAGGGAGCAAGUUUUGAAAGCCAAGAGGGCUGGAGAAGACUCGCUGAGAAGGUCAGGCCUUGGAUAUACAAUAAUACGCCCUGGUCCCUUAAUGGAAGAACCUGGUGGCCAGCGUGCUCUUGUAUUUGACCAAGGAAAUAGAAUAUCUCAGGGAAUCAGCUGUGCAGAUGUGGCUGAUAUCUGCGUGAAGGCAUUGCAUGAUUCAACAGCCCGGAACAAAAGUUUUGAUGUAUGCUAUGAGUAUGUGUCAGAAUCUGGGAAGGAGCUUUAUGAGCUGGUUGCACAUUUACCGGAUAAAGCAAACAACUACUUGACGCCAGCACUCUCAGUCCUGGAGAAAAACACCUAAAAAGAUAUCAAAACACCAGAAUCAGUCUUCAUGAUAAUGGAGGGCAUUAUUGGUGUCAAACAUAACGUUGUUUUUCAUAUCUAAAGCUAUAUGCACUUGCUGUAGUUUUUCCUUGGUGGUACUGUGUGCAUGUAGUAUGAUCCAGUUGUGUAUGCUAUUAAUGUACAAAUAUGGUUCUGCACUUCUGCUAUUGCCGCAUGAUUUUGCUGAAUAUGGACACCAUCCGUUAGGAAUUAUAUCAGGGAUUUCCUUUCCAUGUGAUCAUGAUUGUCCCAAUUAUUUUGUUUCUCAUUUUAAUUUCUUUCCUACUUUAAUAUUGCUAUGCGUGUAUAAAUGGGUCUCUGCACCCAAGUCUUAUGUAUGAACAUUUGAUAUUUCGAUCCCCUUUACACUUUUACAGUGAUAUAUUAAUUUUCAUUCUUUUGCUAUUACAUUUUUAUUAUAU